AAGAAAAGAAGAAGGAUGGAUGAAUUGCCGAAACUCUUUCGGCUUCCAGGAACUAUCGAGGAAGAGGAGAAAGAGGAACAACAGAGAGGAAGGGAAGCAAAGGAAUCGCUAGACAGCGCAACGGAAUCUCUUCUUCUAGGUCAAAAAAGCGUUUCGACACUUUCUACUUUACCGAGGAAUGUCACCCUUAUUAGGGUCAGCACUCAGAGCAGCAGUAUCGCCGGUGGUAUUGGUCGACAAGAUUCUACUAGAUAAUGCAAAUUCUAUCUGUGUAUUGAAAAUACAAAUCAAACAAAAUCAUGAGUCUGGUACAAAAGUAGCUGUUUAUUUUUGGAAGAGUGCCGCACUAAAAACGGGCAUAUCAUAUUUGCCAAAUAAUUAUCGGCGCCUCUGCUCGACAGGUGCUCUCUACAUAUAAAUGUGCGCGCAUAUCAUAUUGCUGCGAAGUGUUCAUUGGGACGGCACAUGUCAGCAAACUUAGCACGUGUACAUGCAGCGUACAGCCGUCAUUUAAGAGUAACGUCGAAUCUGAGAAGGACCUUAACAUAUUUGUCUCACGUAAAAGACUGAAGCGUACAUUUUGACGUUGCAACCUUGCAGAGACAUUUCAGACACAUGACGCCCACCUUGUACAUUUCGUGUGACGGAUAGUGUGACAACCUGCAUCAUAUGACUGUUACCGAUCAUGUGACUACUUCGUUAUAAUCACAGGAAAAGAAGAAAAACGAAAAGUAUGCAAAACUGUAUGUAGAGAAAGUGUGCAAUUAAAAGUAACAAAUUUAUCAUUAUUGUAAUUCUUACCGAGUGUGAUAUCAAUAUUACAAAUUGUUGCUAAAACAUCGUAUCCUAGACAAGUAUCACAAGGCAUUAAUCUGUUUUGCACCUAUGGACUGAAAUAUUAUAUUUCGAGCAUUCUUUUAUAAGAUGUGAUAUCACCCAGAGUAAAUUUUUUUUCAAAAAUUAUAUUAGAUCUUUAAAAAAUGGCUGAAAUUAUCACUAUUUCAUAACUUUUAACAUUUUAUCAAGUGCUUAGCAAAAUUGUAAGACAUUCACAAAUUAAUUAAAAUUUUUUUUCUGAUUUUGUUUUAAAGAAAGAGUUCUAGAAAAUCUUUAUGUCAAUUUCAAUAUUUUCCGAGUGUAACAAUUUUUUAAUUAACAGUUUUUUGUUUAAUUUUUGAAAUUUAUUGUCUUAAACUACAUAUAACUAUAACCCAUUCAGCUCAUGUCUUAUUACACUUUCGCGUGAUAUAUAAAUAUUAAAUUAUUAAAAGAUGUUUACAAAAACACCACAAUUAUUUGAAAUCUAAUAAAAUAAAUGAUUGUAAUCGAUAAUCUAUAUCAAAACUUUGUUGGACAGUCACAGAUUUGCCGAAAGCAAAACCAAUCAUCUGUUCGUCGUGCGCGAGUGACGUAAUCGACGCAAAUAAUCACCUUUUCUGUGUGAGAAUAGGAAGAAUAAAUAGCAUUUUGUUAACGACCGAUAAAUGGCGCUCAAUGCUUAGUAUGUAUAUAUAAGAUCGUAGAUGACCAGUUGCUCGCAACAGUUUAUCCUCCAGCGGUGGAUCUUCCACCACUACUACAUUCGUCUUCGUCGAUCAAAGCGCGCGUCAUCCAACUGAUCGAAUCAUCUCGGAAGAUUGAUCAUUUAUCAAUGAGUGCAGCGCAAAUUAGAAGACUAAUUCGAAACACAAACUUUAUUUAUAUGAAGUGAGGAAUCAUGAUUGAACACAAAGAUUGAGAAAGAAGAACAAAUGGCCGGCAAGCUUUCAUACAGAGAAGAAAUUCAAUAGAAGAAUAUUAACUGAUUAAAGAGAGAUGAGAAAUCUUCAAGAGCUUGAAAGAAGAGCUUUGCAAUGGGUAACUAUAAAUAUCCAUGGAAAAGAAAUUUGAAGAAAAAAGAAACGCACAAGUACUGAGGACUCAAUAAUUUCGCAUGUGUAUUUUUAAGAGACUAUCGUUUAAAGACUUGAAAAUUUAAUUUAAAAAUUCUUCGAUUGUGGCGAAAAGUCGCAAUAACGAUAAUAAAAAAUGGAUAUCUCCAUAGAGUCCAUACUAUAGUCUACACUAUUGAAUGUCUCGAAUGUCUUAUGGAAAUCAAAAGAAAUAUACAAAACAAAUUUUAAAAUAUUAAGAAAUUAUAAAUUAAGAUUGAAUGAAGAAAUAACUAUCACGAGAGAGAAGAGUGAUACUUUUUCAGAAUUCUGAAUCUUGAUAAAAUAAAUAUAUUGAUACGAGAAUAACACACAAAUGUUGAAUUCUAUUAAGAAAAGUGUUUGUUCUAAAUACCUUAAACGGACUACAUUCAUAGUUGUUCCGCUAUAAAGGAGUCAUAUACAAUAUUGAGAUUGACAUUGUGCGUUAUAGUGAGUCAUGAACGGGAUGAACGGUAACGUAUUGAAGAUGGUCGACAAGUCUUUGUCACCGGAUUGCGGGGAAGAACAAAAGCUGAUACCACCGACCACACCAACGACACCGAUGAUCGUACAAGUGACAAAGAAUCCGUAUUCUUCUUUAAAAUACAGGAGUCGAUACCGGGCUGGACCGACGCGGAAACUGCGUCGUCGCGCCGUCCUGAAAAAUGGCGAUUGCAACGUGUUGCAAUCGCGCAUCUCCCGACGAUCGCUGCGUUUUCUACAAGACAUCUUCACAACCCUAGUGGACACACAGUGGCGUUGGACAUUGCUGUGUUUCAUCUUGAGCUUUCUUCUAUCUUGGCUAGGUUUUGCGGUGAUUUGGUGGUUAAUAGCUUUCACCCACGGUGACUUUGAAGAGCACCACUUGCCACCUUUCCAAAUAGAGAAUAACUGGAUUCCGUGCGUCCUCAACAUUGCUAGCUUCACCAGCUGUUUCCUCUUUAGUAUCGAAACUCAACACACUAUCGGUUAUGGCAGCCGCUCCACUACCGAAGAAUGUCCUGAAGCCAUAUUUAUUAUGUGCCUUCAGAGUAUCUCUGGGGUCAUGAUCCAAGCUUUCAUGGUUGGUAUCGUAUUCGCUAAAAUGACUAGACCGAAACAACGUACCCAAACCUUGUUAUUUUCGCGAAACGCCGUAAUUUGUCAACGGGAUGGUGAACUCUGUCUCAUGUUUCGAGUGGGCGAUAUGAGGAAGAGUCACAUAAUCGGUGCAAGUGUACGUGCACAAAUGAUUCGCAGUAAGACGACCAAAGAGGGUGAAGUUCUAUCUCAACACCAGCAUGAGCUGGUGGUAGGUACCGAUGGUGAAAACGGCGAUCUGUUUUUCAUCUGGCCAGCCACCAUUAUUCAUCGGAUCAACGAAUCCUCGCCUUUCUUCAAUACAUCCGCUGAAGAUAUGUUAACCGAACGUUUCGAAGUCGUUCUCAUCUUGGAAGGUACCAUCGAGUCUACUGGACAAACUACCCAAGCUAGGACCAGUUAUCUGCCGCAGGAAAUUCUAUGGGGUCAUCGUUUCGACCCUAUGGUAAGCUACUCAAAGGAACGGCAAGGUUACGAGGUGGACUAUUCAUUAUUUAAUAGUACUACUCAAGUUGACACUCCGCUGUGCUCCGGCAAAGAGCUCGCAGAAUUUUAUAAAGCGCAGGAUGAUCUUCGUCAUGGAACUGGUGUUCUAAUCAACGAGGAUCAUUUAAUAAGAAGAGAAUGUGAUUGCAAUUGCCACCUGACCAACCAUCAGUGUCUACACUUGUCUCUGAUGCACUUGGAUUCUACAAGAAGCCAUAACAGUAUGGAAAACGAGUAUUAUUGGCAAAAUAUCUGUAAAUGUUCAAAUUGCAUUGUUUCAUACAAACCUCAAACCGCAAGUGUCAAUCGAUCGAAAAUGUUCGAUUUCGAUACCAUUCAGGUAAUGGAAAACGAAGAAAUGCAACAACUGCCGGAAGCGGUAAACAAGGAAAUUGUGAAAAACAGCCAGGUAAUUGUCUUUGAGGAAGAGGACAAAGUCUCAGAUAGGAAUUUCAUUAGACUGAACGAUGUAAAAAGUAAGUUUUUAAAUUGUAACGAGAAGAUUUCUUUUAAAGAAGGAAAAGAGGUUUUAAUGCAAACAGCUACGGAAAAAGAUAUGAUUGAUGAACAAAAUAAGAAAAGUAACCAAGAGGUCCAUGGAGCAGAGAAAAAUGAUGCUUCAAUGCGAACAAACUUAAUUAGAUUAAACAAAGACAAGGACAACAUUUUUAAGGGCAGUCAGAAGAUUUUAUUUAAACAGGGAAAAAGAGAUUUUUUAAAAAGCUACAAGAUCGGACUAAAAGAAGAUAAUACUAACAUACUGAAAAAUAGGCAAGACAUUAUGUACGAAGAUACUAAAGGCAACUUUUUGAAAAGAAAUAUGAUUUGGUCAAACGAGAAAGAUGCUAACAACUUUAAACACUGCCGGGAAGCCGUUUUUAAGGAGGAAGAAGGAACCAUAAAGAAAAAGCUGAUCAAAUUAGAUGAAAAGAACGACAAUAUCUUUAAGAAUCAUCAUAUUUAUAAAGAAGAGCAACUCGCUUUAAUCAAACAUAAAGAAAAUUCUGAAGAUGUUAGACAUUUGAUUAGGCGUACUCUAUUCAAACCCAAAAGAAAAUGUAAGACGAGAAAUAGUAAGUUUGCAAAAAAGAAAAUAUAUCUUGGAAAAAGACAGAGACUGCACAAUAAGAAAUUUCAAAUGAUCACGUUAGCAAAUCAAAAUCAGAAAAAUACAGAGAAUAUUUCUAUGAAAAAAAAACCAAAAUUAAAAGAAAAAAUGGUUAGAAGUUUAAGCGAUGACCUUUCGAUAAUAAAUGAUAAAACAUUUUUUAAAGAAUCUAUACAAAGUAAAAAUAAUAAAUUGAUUGAAUCAAUAGAUCAAUAUACAAAAAACUCGAAGAGUAAUCCUUUCUCAAUCGAGAAGCACAAUUCUUCAAUGAAACGUCAAAGAAGUUUCACUGAUUAUCUUGUCACGACAGAGAGUAGAAAAUCCAAAGAGAGUGCAACUAAAAAUAUGAGGGAUAUCAGAAUAUUAGAAAAAGAUCAAGAAUCUUUACAGCAAAUCCCCAAGUAUCCUGUGACAUCUUUAAAUCACUUAAACAGUAACACAAUUUUUAGCCAGCAAUUGAAUUAUGACUUUUUUAGAUUAAAAAAUGAUGAUCUCCAAGUGAAACAAUACGAUAAUAUCGCGUCAAUUAAAAUCGAGAACGAGAAAACUAUGAGAAAAUCUUCAUUACAUCACGUCGCCAAAAGAGCGAUGCAAAACAAACUUUAUUCUAAUAAUAUUUGCUCAAUGGUCUCUCCAGUUUAUGAUAUUUCAUCAAGUUUUUGCAAAAUAAUUAAGUCAGACAACUGUAGAGAACUUUUUACGAAAAAUAUAUUAAAGGAUGUUGAAACCACUGAUUCUGUAGAUAUCAAUUUGUCGCGAGAAAAUAUAAUAAGCGAUACAGAUAGUCCAAAAGAAUGUAUUAAAGAUCAUAUUGUCGAAUCAGUUAUUAGUAUAAAUAAUAGUAUUAGAAAUGAUGAGACUUUGGCUUCUUCACGCUUCAAUACAUCGUUUAUAAAUACCAUCGAUGAUGAAAAUAAUGUAACGAAAGAUACUUCAAUUAUUGUAAAACAAAUUAUAUGCUCGGAAAAUGAAGGACACAUUGAUGAGGUAAAAAAAAUAUAUAGAUGUCCAAACACAUCAUUUGAAAAAUUGAUUAACAAUUUUGAUGAAUCGGAGAAAUCGUCCUCGAUUGUCGAUAAAUAACUAAUCUGCGGAAAAAGAUGCAAUUAAAAUAUUGAUAAAGAGCUUCAAACAAAAAUUUGCAAUUUUAUAAAUGUUAAUGUAUUUUCUAAGGAUUUUAGGGAUGUUGAAUAUGCAGAAUUUGACAAUGGCUGUUGAGAAACAACCACAAAGUGACCACCACAAUAUUACAAUAAAUGACAGAAAAACUAAAUAUUUUUUGCAAACAAUAAUACAUCGUGUAAAAAUGUAGUUAAUUCUUAGGUAGCAAGCAGACGUUACUUUAAUGUUAGAUUUUAAACAUAUAUUAACCACAAUUGACGACUCUAACUCACGUCCUCGAGACAUACAAAUAACGGUUUAAUAUUACAGACAGUUGAUAUCAUAACGAUAAAAUUAUAGCAUAAUUAUGACCAAAAAAAGUGCUCGGGAAAUUCACAGUAUUUCCAAGCAAUCAACUAUCACAAUUUUUAUGUUAGAACUUUUAUUAAAUUGUACGAUGAAAUCUUGUAAAAAAAUUGUAAUUUGUAUAUAAAUAUGUAAUUAAGUUAUGCAAAAUUAUGCAAUUGCAUAGCACUUUAUUAAUACGGCUACUUAAGUGAGAUUUUCAUAUCGAAAUAUUUCUUCAAUACAUCAAAUGUCACUCUAGAGGGCCAUCAGAAACAUUAAAGAUAUUAUUUUAUCCUUGUUGUUUAAUGUUAAACAAAAAUAAAAUAAUCUCUAACGUUUCUAAACGCAAAAAAAUUCUAAACGAUAAAAAAUUAAGAUAUAUAAUUUUUAACAAAAUACUGUGUUUUUUAAACAAAAUUAAUUUUCUUAAUUUGUUUUUGGCCAUAUUACCACUCUGUUUUCUCUUUCACCUAUAUAUGAUACAAAGUGUUGUCACAUUUUUAUAAAUUAUGUCCUAUGUAAUAAAUAUUUCAUAACUUUGAGUUGAAAA